UGAUUUCUUACGCUCAUUGAGCUUAUAUAUUUCAUCGCAUUCUAAACAUCUUGAUUUUUUAAGGGCUCACAUACAUACAUAUUUAUCCAAUUUCUUAAAUAAGUAUUCCGGAUUAGUUAGAAAAAUGUCAUCAUCAUUACACAAAAAUACCAAAAGUUUCCUACUUUUUGCAACUUGUUUCCUCAUCCUGGCUUCAAUCUCACUCGUCUCCACUUCCGGGCAGGACUGCUCUUGCACUUAUCAACCAGACAGGAAUGGCUGCGUGAUUCGAAGGGGUCCCACGCAGGCCGGGUUUGUUUGUCGUUGUCGGAUCACCAGAUUAAUUUUUAUCACUGCCUGUAUAGGCUCACAGAUCGGAUGCAAUACGGGCGAAGAUUGUCCAGCAAACUGUGCUUCAAAAGAUUGCUGCAUGUUAGCCAAGGGGAAUUGUGACGGGUACUAACUAAAUAUGCAUGGAACACAAUUUAUAUUUGUACAAUUAUGCAUAGAUUUUAAUUUUAGCAGCAAAAAAUACUUGGUUUUGUGAACAUGCAAUUCUAAAAUAUAUUUGCAUGUAUUUCUGUACAUAUGUGCAUAAAAUGUACAAUGAAAUUGAAUUACAUAGCUAAGUAAAUAUGUAUGUAUAUAAUAAAGGUGUAUACACAUAGGGUCUAUACAUAAAAGGGAAUGGAGUAAUUUAAUCUAGGUAUAAGCAAAAGUAUGCAUAGAAUUUAGUCUAAAGAAUCAAUUUCCUUAUAUUUAAAUUUCAAUUGAAUAUUCCCCUUGAAUAUAAUUCCUUUGUUGUAAAAGAACUUGUACAUUAAAUUUACUGUUUCCUCGUCAAAUAAUAUGUUGGACUAAACUUUCUUGACGGUGUGUUGUAAAAUUGAAUUUCAAUUGAGUUUCCAAACAUACAUCUGUAUUAAUUUGCUUUCAGAUAAAUAUAUUUAUCGAUUAUAAUCGAUGUUGUCGGAACGAUGUUCACAUUUGUCAUUUAUUUUUUCCAGGACAAGUUCUAUACCACUUACAAUAUUUUACAUUUAUCUAACAAUGUGUGGCUUUUGGCUUCUCUUAAUUUUAACAUACAUCUUAAUUGCUGAAAUUGCAUGCACAGACAUCGCCUCUGAAUCAGUGCACGGUCACCUUCCAUUUGAAGAGAAUUGUCUCCUGCAUUUUAUAGACUUUCAUCAACCAGUGGAUGAAAAAGUAGUUUCUUCCUUGUUGAAUUUAUCAGACUGGAACUUGUCCACUUUUACAUUUUCAUUUCUCAUAUCUUCUGCAAAUAGAGAAAAUCCAGUAUCCACAGACAAUGCUAAUAUAUUAAGUGUUAUCAAAACACCGCAGGUUUUGAAGUGGUUACCCAGAUGGAGAGGAAGUACAUGCUAUCGUCUCCUAAUUUGGAAUGCAAGAGAAAUUUCUGAUGUAAUGAAAGAACCUCUGAUUGCAUUUUUUGCAAACUCCAAAUUCGCAGAAACUUUUAUUUUUGUGAAACGCACGGAAGAGUGGGACUGGGACGAUGUUAUAGAGAAGAAGGACUCUGGCUUGUUUAAUGGUGCAACGUUUCCAGUAGUUUUCAUUAUUUUGGACAGGAAAUUGGAAAAUAAUCCGAUUUUCAAGAUGGGAAUGCUGUGCUACAUGUGUCCACCUGACACCGCUUUGGAGUGGAGAUCCCCACCGCUUAGAUUUACGCGUCAUAAAGAAAAGAGUGGUCAUAAGAGAAAAAUGUACUUAAAAUAUGUAAAUGAUGUUAACAAUCUCGUCGAGACCGGAAACUGUGAGUUCGACAUGUACUUUACUCAAACCCAUGAAUGCCUGGCAACAACGGUACUUCUCCAAAUCAUUAAAACCAGGUUGAACCUCACCGUAGAAAAAGUCGAUGACAUUGACGACUUCGAGGAGCAUAUUUGA